AUGCCUCAGACAACACUGGACGAUUGGGCGCAGGAUACUGUGAAUCCAGAAGUUCGCGCCCAUGUCUCUAGUCUAAUUUCUGCUCUGGGUGGUAUUGGCGACGAUGGCACGUAUGCACUCGGACACGACGCCCUACUAUGUCUCAAGGACCUACGGAAAUGGUUGAAAUUCGCCGACGGGCAGUACAAUCGACGCGAUGUCUCACGAUGCAUGGCCGAAGCAAAUCUCGUAAAGGGCGACCUAUUAGAGAUACUUGCCAAAAUAUCACCGACUGUAGUAGAAAGCGCAUGGAAACACAAGAUUGCAGUUGCAACAUUGGAGCUUCUCGUUCCUUUGACAUGGCCCAACGAAAUCGACCCAACCGAAGCGACCGUAAACCACCACCGGCAUGGGCCCUACAUCGGGCUCGCUCAGAUCGGAUACAAGCGUGCUAUUCUGCAAUUCGAUCGAGAUAGAACCCUCCAGACUGCCGUCAAGACUGCGUUACCUUCAAUGGCAGUACCCCUCCGAGAACGAACACCGCGAGAUGAGGGCAUCAUCCGAAUCGCCUUGUACUUCAUACGCAACAUUGCCAUGCUUGCACCACCGAACGAUGCACACAUGGAUGCCGACGAAGCCGAAGUCUCUCGAUCUGCAACGAUUGAUACCUUCCAAGAACAGGACAUAUUCCAGGUCAUUCUAAGUAUUGCGUCCAGCAUCGGAGAGGACUUUGUCACCCAAGAUGUCAUUAUCCUCGAAAUCCUGUUCUUCCUACUCAAGGGUAUCGAUGCCGAGAAACUCUUCAUGGAAGACAAGAAGCUCAGUGCCAAAAACACAGAUGAGCUGAAGGACUUGAUGCAAAAGGAGAAGGCCAUGCUCGCAGGCUACGCUCGCCACGCACCAACCCGGCACAACCGAUUUGGAACAAUGAUAUGGAUGAAGCGGGACGACGAGAAGGUCACGACUAUAUCUGGGCAGGAUGUGCUAGGAAAGGCGCAAGCUAGCAUGCAAAAGAUGGACGAUACGAAGAAGUGGAAUAAACCUCGACAAGGCAGGCGCAAGCAGGAUGGCAGUGAAGAGAAAGAGGAGUUUGAUUUGCCAGUAUCGCUAAACUCCUCCGCGCGGAAGCAUAUCAAAGCCUUCGUUGAAGAGUUCCUCGACUCGUCUUUCAACCCUCUAUUUCUGCACCUUCGGAAAGCUAUUGAGCGAGAGACUGAACGUGUGGAAACACGGCAUUCUAGACAGUUCUUCUAUCUCAUCUCGUGGUUCCUGCGAGCAGAGUGCGCACGGCGGCGGACAAUGAAGGAGAGGGCCGCAGAUCCGAAGAGCCCUGAGGUUCUAUCUGCCGAGGAUGAAAGCUACGGACUAGUAGCCGAAGUCAUGAACCAGGAGACCUUCAUUCUGCUCAACCGCUUUAUGCAGAAGAGUCAGGAUGAGAAGGCAUGGCGAGACCUAAACGCCGGGCUGAAAUGCUUCACACAGAUCUUGCUUACUGUGCACGAAAUGUCUGAAUCGGCACUUGAAGAGGAUCAAGAGAUUGCUGAGAACAUCCAGAACCGUAUCUUCUACGAAGAGUCCACACACGACAGGAUAGUCAUGAUCCUGAGGUCAUACAAGGAUCAAGGUUUUGGUUAUCUCGACGCAGUCACAGAGCUUUCCCACGUCUUUUUGCGGAUGCUUGAGCGUUAUGCAAAGCAGAACGUUGACAUGCAAAUCCGCUCAAAGCGACGAGCCCGGAAGAUCAAGAAGAAGAAAGCGGAGAAGCAGGGCGAAGAUGGGGAAGAAGAAGAGGGUAAUGUUUCGGAAACCGAAGACCUUCAACAAGCGCAAAAGACGGUUUCGGAACGCAAGUUCGAUUUCACAAGGUUCUCGGCAAAGUUUGUCAACCAAAGCAGCGUGAAUACUUUCGUGGCCUUUGCCAAGUACUUCAGCGAUCUUGAUACAGAACAGCUCAAGCGUGCGCAUCGCUUCUUCCACCGUGUCGCUUUCAAGAUGGAGCUUGGUGUUCUCCUGUGCCGGGUGGACAUUCUGCAGCUGUUCAACAAGAUGAUGAAAGGUCCAGGCGGCCUUGACCCUGAGUCUCCUACUUACAGAGAGUGGGAUGACUUUGUCAAACACUUUUUCAGGCAGGUUGUCAAGAGAGUACAGGACAGGCCCGAGCUGGUAGUUGAGAUGCUGUUCAGCAAGAUCCCCGCAACCAUCUUCUUCCUUGAACACGGAUAUGAUCGCGAAAUACAUACUCGAGCACCACGAGCGCCGGCGGAGCUGGAAGUUAAACCUGGCAUGGAGCUGCCUGAUCAGAUCGGUGUCGCUGUUGGUGUACUUGUUAACCAGUCAAAGUCGGAUGCUCUCCGCUGGGUAAGAGAUGUCCUUGCAUCAGCAACUGAAGAGCGCAAGGCGUGGGAAGAGGCAGCCGAAGCACAAAAGGCUUUGGUAACAGGCGCUGAGGGCGAUGCAGCGGCUGAAGAUCCAGAGGAUGAGACGUCGAAGCCGCCGUCAAUUUUCAUCAAGCACGAUACUGAAGAGCGCCGCAUAGCUAUGUUCAAGGACAACAAACUACGAUUGCUCAUGAAUCUGGUCGGAUUCGAGAGACUAGGAGAACAUCACGAUCCAGAUGCUGCAUGGAUCAUUCCCUCAUCUCUCACAUCAACACAAUUGCAAGAAGCUAUCGAUCUCAUUCGCAAGUUCGAGUUCGACCCGCCCACAUACGAGGAUGGCAAAGCACCAGAGGACCUGCUUCGUAGCAAGGCAGCAGCAGCUCGACGCUCUACUCGCCGGGCCGAAUUUGACGACGAUUCCGAUGGCGUAGAUCAUGGCAUAGACCGCGAUUCAGAAGAGGAUCAUGGAGAGUAUGCCAAGGGUGGUCCCACCACAAGAGAUGCAGACGCCCCUCGCAAGACAUUGAAGCGACGGCGCCGACAGAAAACCCCGGUCGAGCUUGAUGACGAAGAGAAGGACCGCAGAGCUGAGGCGCGUCGCCAGAAGGAAAUCGAAAAACAAGCUAAGGCAUUGAGUACCAUGUAUGUGCAUGACUCCGACGACGAGGACUGGGACGCAGAAAAGGACGCCGCUUUCUUCGCGCGAGAACAAGCCAUCCGCGAGGAGAACCUGAAAGUCUUCAAGAAGUCCCUUGUGCUCGGGACGGUAGAGCCUAUUGUUUCCAAGAAGAGGAAAGCUGAUGCACCGGCGAAGAAGAGUAAGAGGAGGAAGAGCCCACCAAAACGAAAAGCGUUAUUCGACGAUAGUGACGACGACAUGGAGGAUGCGGAGAGCAGUCGAGCGACCUCUGAAGCUGUUGCUGGUAAUAUCCUGACUGAUGACAAUGAGGAGGAAGACGAAGACGGCGAUGAAAAUACAGAUACUCCGCUUUCGUCGCAGAACGCUGGUGCUACGACGGCACUUAGUGACACGGAUACUCCUAGGAAACCAUCAACAAGUAAUGUAACGAAAAGCACAGAUGCGGCAAUGGCAGACGCGGAUUCGGAUGACGAUGAUGAAGAUGAUGUACCGGUAGCGCGUAGACCGGCAGCGGCGCGUAACACGAGGGCUGGCUUUAUUAUUGACAGUGACUCGGAGUAA